GUUUUGCCUCACUUAAGUCUAGGCCAUCCGACUGUCAACAGCGAAAAUUGCGCGCGCUCUCUCUCGGCGGCUGAAGGCUGUUCUUUCUCUUCCUCGGUUAGUGGAUUUGGUUGGUCGUUUUGGAGUUUCUUGGUUUUUGACGUCUGAUUCGGACAUUAGCCGAAGUUCGGUGGUGAAGAACGGUUCAAGGAGGUGGGAGAAGAUCGGUGCUAAGCAAAACAGAACAACCCCUCUGCCUGUGGUGUGUCCCUUGAGUGGUAGUAGUAGUAGUAGUUGUAGUACACCUAUACUCAAAGGGGGGCUACUUGCAGCAACCCAGUAGUGUGUCAGUCGGUGAGAAAGUGCACAGACGGCGCUCGGGUCGACAACGGGUGCUUAGUGGGACAGAGUGAGAGAGACACCGUGAUUGGGUUGUGAAGAAGAAGUUGUUAAUAUAUAACAAGUUGCAUCAUAGUCUUAAGACUUCAGUCUUAAGAAAGUGAACCACCAAUAAACAUCUUUCGCAAAAAAAGAAAAACACGCCGCGACGCUGGGAGCAAACAAGCUUUGGGAUUCCGCGCGCACAAUCUCAAGCUAUUUUCGGAAUUUUGCAAUCCUGACGGUGAAUUGUUUUCGUGGCACGCGAAUCCGCUCUCAAGGAUUUUCCGGGAUCGUGCAGUACCGUUGAUUAGCAGGAAGCUGAAUUUUAUCAUUGGAGUUUGACGCCAGGAUAACAAUGGAUUAUUUCUACUUUUGGAUUUACAACCGAAGAAAAUGAAAAUGUGGAUAUUUUGAAUAUUCUGGGUUUUUAAAAAUUGUGACGGAAAUGGACUGUUGAUGUUUUGUUGUAAACAGUGUGACAUGGACUGGAAAAAACUCGAAGAAAAAGCAGUGCAAUAAAAUUAUCCUCGAAGGAAAAGUGCAAUCGGAAAACAAUAAGAAUUUUCUCGUGCAAUUGAACAUAUAAGGACUUUGAAGCCUACAUUGGAAGAAUCUGUGUGUAGUGUCUAGCAAAAUAUGGAAUCGCCUCAAAUGUACGAUACGAAUCAAAUUCAAGUGCGAAGUGAUAUCAAAAAAUUAACAAUGGCAGCGAACAGCACAACCACCAACAACAAUAAUGCUUCGACGCCCAAUAAUAACAACAACUCCCCGACGGCAGUCAACCAGAAUACGUUGGCUUUGAAGCAGCAGCAACAGGCUCAACUGAAUCAACACGCACAAUCAAAUGGAAAUGCAUUGGCCAACGGGAAUAUUCUGUCCAAGCAGAUGCUUCAGCAAAUUCAGUAUUCGCAGAGUGAACUAGACGAGCUUACAUCUCAAGAAAUUUCUUUGGACCUCCAACAUCUGAUCGAUGAUCAGUUCCGUGACCCGGAGGCCCUCGGUAUCUUCACCGAAAUGGUUACCGUUGGUAGUACCAAUGGUAGCGUACCAAACCCUUUGGUUCAGACAGCGGCUGCUAAGGCACUUCAGUUACAGCAAGCUCGAUUGUCUCAGCACACAAAUGGAAACAGCUAUCAACGAUCUCUGGCCUACAUGCCACAACCAGUUCACACUGGUGCAACCUAUGCUAACACUUCGAGUGACGAGAACAGCAGUGUAGGUUCUUCGGAGUCAGCUAACAUCAAAGAAGAGCCCGUAGAUCCCAACGAGUACCGUCGCCAGCUGCAGAAUAGUGGAGCACAGUUCAUGGGUAAUACGACCUAUCAGCUAGCAGGCGGUGGUGGUGGCGUCGGUACGGGAAACUACGUUACCAAUGGUAAUGGAAACACCUUCUCAAACCUGACUCCGGCCACGGUGUUGCAUCACCAAGCUUUGCCUCAUCUUGCCGGAGCUGCCCAUCUGGCAAAUCUUACCAAACACAACAAAAUGUUACCCCAUGUUGCCCGAAAGUCGGUUCCAAAGUCGGUAGACAAAGGAACUGACGAAUACCGAAGAAGGCGCGAAAGGAACAACAUUGCAGUACGGAAGUCUCGCGAGAAAGCCAAGGUGCGAUCGCGAGAAGUCGAAGAAAAGGUGAAAACUCUCAUCAAAGAAAAGGACCUCUUGCUGCGGAAGAUCGAAGAGAAGAACAACGAAAUUCAACUCUACAAACAACUCUACAUGCAUCUGAUGAACCACAGCAAUCCAGAGAUCAAUCAGAUCUGCCGCAGUGCGUUGAAUCUAUCAAACAUGGGUGAUCAUAUGUAGAUUUAGUGAUUUUAUUGUAUGUAAUCAUCUUCACCCCCUCCUGUUCUUCAUAACGUGAAGUGGUCUGUCCCUAGUUUGUAGUAAAUUAAAACGCAAAUCGCGCAUUAUUUAGUGGAAAUUUGUAGAUUGAAAAUCUUUGUAAAUAUAAUUAGAUACCUGGCGACGGGGAAGAUUAUGUACGAUUUGUAUUGGAACUGAUGGAUAUAGUUUCACUUGAAAUUGGACCAUUUUGAUGAACGUUGAACCAAAGACAGUAUGUGUAGAAAUGUGUUAACUUCCCUUUGAAAACGAUGGGGAAGAAAACUGUAAGUGUUGAGCUAAGCGAGGCAAAGCUGAUUUAUUUUUUGGAUGGAAAUGGAUUACCUGUACAUAUACUUAAUCAAUUUUAUUUACCAUCUUCAGCUGCUAAAGUGCAAGAAAGUUAUAUUUUCUACUUAACACAGGACAGCUUCCAUAAGACUUGUUUUUAUUAUUAUUAUCACCACCUUUUUUUAAGAUUAAUAUUUUAUUCGUUUGUGAAUGUUGAAUAAAUGUUUAGAAAACGGCUUAUAAACCAAGUGUUAUGUUUGCUCGACAGAAAGAAAUAUUUCUUCAGCUGAAAUUUUGUUGUUUCCUUUGCUCGUUUAUUCGUAACUUGAGAAGAUUCAUUGUAUAGAAAAAAUCGUAAAAUGCAGCAAAAACCCAAGGUCAGUCACAAUUUGCCUCAGAUUAUCUUCUGUUUCCCUUUCCAUGGCUAUCUGUAUUUAUAGGAUUCACUAAAUGUAUUUCUUUCGUAAACAGUGAAAAACGUGAUCAUUAAGAACCGAAGUUACCAAUCUCAGCUUGUUAGGAUAAACUGUGUAGAAAAUCUCAUCCAUUCAAUCAGCUAUGUAAAACAUCCAUACAAAGAUAAAAAGACAUCUAUUUAUGUAUACUCUUGUAUCAAGCGACCAAACGCAGAAAAAAAAUCCAACCACUGUGUAAAUUUAAUUCCGCAAAAUCCCUCGGAGAUCGCUGCAAUAAUAAUUUUAGUAGACCGAAAUCGAACCAGACUGAUAAGCACCAUGUAUUGCGCACACUGGUUCAGAGAAGCUCGGUAGCAAAAGGUGUAACUAGACCAAUUUUGCAUAGAGAAAGUGAUCUAGAAUUCUAGUUUGUAGUAGACAAGACAACAAAGAAUGGAAAAAAUCGAAAGUGACAAGACUCAAACAGCCGUACUAAAUAUUAAUAAUCAGAAUAGUUUAUCGAAACACAAGGCGACAAAGUACCUUUAUUUCCUUUUUUAUGAAUAUUAAUGUCUGAUGGAGUAGAUAUGCAAAUCUUAAUCAUCCGCAAACGGUGAGAAUCGAAACUAAUAUUCGUAUAUACAUAAAACUCACAGCUAGGGAAACUUAAAAAAACCGUAGAAACUGAGACGGAUUCGUUACCAUGUUUUAGGCUAAUGCUAUACUGUAAAACUGUGGACUACUACUAGAAAGUAAGUUUUCUCUCAAAUUAGCUAAAUGAACGGGAAAAACAGUAAUUUGUUUUUGGAUGUUUUAUUGAAUCCUUAAAAAGUUUUUUUCUUUUGAUCUGUUGUUGUCAUGUAUCAUUCUAAAGCAAACGAUCGUGGAUGCAAGUUUGGCUAGUUUUUCCUGAUAAACGAAAACUGAAAAUUCUAUUAUUAAAGCGUAGAACACAUACAAACCUGAAACAAAAACACACACACACGAUUAUACAAGUACUGUAUUUUUCUCAGCUUGAAAAGUCUGUUUUGAAAGUAAGAAAUCAAAUAAAGAAUGUAUUAAAAGGUGAAUAAAACGAAAA